CGCUUUUCUCUUCUCGAGUCGAUCAGUCACAACACUUCCCUUUCAUUUUGCCAUGGCCACUGUUGAGGUUGCAUCAGUCACCACAGCAUUGCCGGAGAAUGAAAAAACCGAGGAAUUGAACAAGGUGGAAGAGGGAGCCGUAAAAGAGGUAGAGGCUCCACCGGCUGCUCCAGAGCCAGUUACUGAAGAAACAAAGGAAGAGGCUCCAGUGGAGGAGGCAGCGGCACCUGAAGCUGAAGCCAAAGCUGAAGCUCCUGUUGAAGUUGAAGUUGAGACAAAGGAGGUUGUAGAGGAAGCCGCGGUUGAGGAGGCAGAAGCAGAGAAAACCGAAGGAGAGACUCCAGCAGUGGAGGCAGAAGCCGCUGUUGAGAAGGCCAAAGAAGAGACUACUGAGGAGGCAGCUGCAGCCCCAGCAGAGGAAGCUGCCGCCAAGGAAGAAGAAGAAGCCAAACCAGCUGAAGCAGCAGAGGAAGCCAGCACAGAGGUUCCUGUCGAGAAGAUUGAGGAAUAGAUCUACCUAGUGAAGGCAGCAGCAGUGGUGGUGGGGGUGAUGGUGGGGUACUCUUUUUUAGGGUUUGCAUGUCAAAGUUGGGAAUUAAGUUACUAGUUUUAUUUUAGUCCUUUUUUAUUGCUAUGAUGAAUGGUAAAGGGUUUUGAAUGGGGUUUGGAAGCUUAAGAGUUAAGAUAACCUACUUGGAUCCACGUCAGCAUAUUUUGCCACUUGGCAAAUAUGCCCAUGGUGCUUAGGAGCUUCAAUGGGAGAUGACUAAACCAUAGAACUGCACCACUUUUCAGUAGCAGGGGAUGUUGGUUUCAAGAGGGUCCAUGAGUUUGAUAUGGUGUGUUGAGAUGUCUCUAGCCUUGAAUAAUAAUAAUAAUAAUAAUAAU